AUGCACCACCUCCUGGAGCAGCCCGCGGACAUGGCGACGGCGCUGCUGGCCGGCGAGAAGCUGCGCGAGCUCAUCCUGCCCGGCGCGCAGGACGACAAGGCGGGCGCGCUGGCCGCGCUGCUGCUGCAGCUCAAGCUCGAGCUGCCGUUCGACCGCGUGGUCACCAUCGGCACCGUCCUCGUCCCCAUCCUGCUGGUCACCCUGGUCUUCACCAAGAACUUCGCAGAGGAGCCCAUUUACUGCUACACCCCGCACAACUUCACCCGCGACCAGGCGCUGUACGCCCGCGGCUACUGCUGGACGGAGCUGCGGGACGCGCUGCCCGGCGUGGACGCCAGCCUGUGGCCGUCGCUGUUUGAGCACAAGCUGCUGCCCUACUCGCUGCUGGCCUUCGCGGCCAUCAUGUACGUGCCCGCGCUGGGCUGGGAGUUCCUGGCCUCCACCCGCCUCACCUCCGAGCUCAACUUCUUGCUGCAGGAGAUCGACAACUGCUACCACCGGGCGGCCGAGGGCCGCGCGCCCAAGAUCGAGAAGCAGAUCCAGUCCAAGGGGCCCGGCAUCACGGAGCGCGAGCGGCGCGAGAUCAUCGAGAACGCGGAGAAGGAGAAGAGCCCCGAGCAGAACCUGUUCGAGAAGUACUUGGAGCGCCGCGGGCGCAGCAACUUCCUUGCCAAGCUGUACCUGGCGCGGCACCUGCUCAUCCUGCUGCUCAGCGUGGCGCCCAUCUCCUACCUGUGCACCUACUACGCCACCCAGAAGCAGAACGAGUUCACCUGCGCGCUGGGCGCGUCCCCGGACGGGCCCGCGGGCGGCGGGGGCUGGGCGGUGCGCGUGAGCUGCAAGCUGCCGUCCGUGCAGCUGCAGCGCAUCGUGGCGGGCGUGGACAUCGUGCUCCUCUGCUCCAUGAACCUCAUCAUCCUCGUCAACCUCAUCCACCUCUUCAUCUUCCGCAAGAGCAACUUCAUCUUCGACAAGCUGCACAAGGUGGGCAUCAAGACGCGCAGGCAGUGGCGCGGCUCCCAGUUCUGCGACAUCAACAUCCUGGCCAUGUUCUGCAACGAGAACCGUGACCACAUCAAGUCGCUCAACCGGCUGGACUUCAUCACCAACGAGAGCGACCUCAUGUACGACAACGUGGUGCGGCAGCUGCUGGCGGCGCUGGCGCAGUCCAACCACGACGCCACGCCCACCGUGCGCAGCGCCGGCGUCCAGACGCUCGACCCCAGCGCCGACCCCGCGGAGCCCGACGGCGCCGCCGAGCCGCCCGUGGUCAAGCGGCCCCGCAAGAAGAUGAAGUGGAUCCCCACCAGCAACCCGCUGCCCCAGCCCUUCAAGGAGCAGCUGGCCAUCAUGCGCGUGGAGAACAGCAAGGCCGACAAGCCCAAGCCCGUGCGCCGCAAGACCGCCACCGACACGCUCAUCGCGCCGCUGCUGGAUGCGGGCGCGCGCGGGGCGCCCCACGACAAGGGCGGGGGCGACGCCGGCCCCGCCACCGACAAGAAGCACGCACGCCACUUCUCCCUGGACGUGCACCCGUACAUCCUGGGUUCCAAGAAGGCCAAGCCCGAGGCCGUUCCCGCCGCCCUGCCCGCCUCCCGCAGCCAGGAAGGGGUCUUCCUGUCCCAGGCGGAGGAGCGGGGGCUGGGCCUGCCCGCCCCACCCACCAAAGACGCUUCGCUCCCUGAGAAGGACACCCUGUACCCAGCAGAGCCCGCCCGGACCGCGCUUCCCGCCGGGGGCCCCUUCCGCGUCUGCACGCCCCCUGCCGUCCCCGCCGCGGCGCCGCUGUCGCCGGCCGGCCUGGGCAAGGCCGACUCCCUCACCAUCCUGAGCCGCAACGCCACGCACCCGCUGCUGCACAUCAGCACCCUGUACGAGGCCCGGGAGGAGGAGGACGGGCCCCCGCGGGCGUCCCCGGAGGUGGGGAACCUCAUCACCAUCCCCCCGCCCCAGCAGAUCCUCAUCGCCACCUUCGACGAGCCGAGGACAGUAGUGAGUACAGUGGAGUUCUGAGGGGACAGGGCUGCCCGCCCCCACAGGCCCCUCUGCAUGGCUGGGGCGCGCCACCGGCCCCGGCCCCGGCCCCACGUGGACACGGCCUCGUUUCCACCCGGCGCUGCCCGCCCCGGCCUCCCGUCCGCAUGCCUCAGGGCUCCGCACCCGUCCCUCCUGCCCCGCACGGCACUCCCAGGGUGCCGGCUGGGCCAGGGGCUGGCUGUGACCCCCGGAGCCGCCCCUCCCCCCUGCAUCAGGCGCUCGGCUGUGAGAUGAAGAGUUUAUUUUUGUAGUCAGUUUGGUCUUGGGCCCGGGAUGCCGGCCAUGAGGGGAUGGUCUGGUGGGGGGACAGCUGGGCUCCCAGGUGUGGAAGGAAGCUGGGGACAGUGGCACCGCAGGCGUGGGCACCCCGAAGGGGCCGUGCUCAGGGCUCGCCCUGUCAGGGACCUGGAGCCCUGGGUCAGAGGUCGACAUGCACUUUCUCCUUGUACCCGACUACCUGUACUUCACCAUGGUUACUGUAACUAGCGAGCAUCUUUACUGUCAGGAGACUUAGGGUGCAUUUAACACAAAGGGUGUGUGUGCGUGUGUGUGUAUGAGAGUGAGUGUCGGGGAGGGCGCCUGUGUGCAAGUGGAUGUGUGCGAGUGUGCAAGUGGGCACCAGCAUGUAAGCAGGUGUGUGUGAGCAGGCCCAGGGGAGCGAGCACGUGUGAGACCGGCCGUGGGCGCCGGCGUGUGAGCGAGGAGAGGAGUCUAACGCAAUAACCACGUCCCCCACUGGCCUCGGCCCCCCGGCCCGGGGCCCACUCGGUUCUCCGUGGGAGCCCAGGGCCGGCGCGGCAGGCCUGUCCCUAUUACCUCAGCCACGGCGACAACGGGACAGUACUAACAAGGUAGCACCGAGCAUAUCAAUAAAUGCUAUUCUGAUA